UAAUUUGGCAACGCUGGUGUAAAAGGCGUUUAGGUAGCGGGCGUCGGGAUUUCAUAGUUUAUUAAUUUUACAGCUGCUGAACAGCGUUUGCAAAAAGUGUAAAAAUGAAGAAAACCAAACCGAUACUUCACGACCCUUUAAUAAUCAAUCGUGUAAAACAGUAUCUAGAAGAAAAUGUUGAUAAGAAAUUUUUGGAUGUAAGUGUUAUGACAAGACAAUUGAUGGAGCGUUAUCCAGAAUAUACGCGUCGCAAGCAAGCGCCUUUUCGGGCUCUAGUUGAGCAGGCUUACCGUGUUGUAUCACAAAGCUAUGGUUUGGAAAGUCAGCCGUCAAGUGCAGAUGAAUCGGAUGGCUCUGAUUUGGAAGUAAUGGAUGACUCUGUUUCGGGCAAUUUGAUGAACAAUUUAAUGAACAAUCUGUAUCAAAAACCCAAGGGGAACGCUUCAAAGCCUACAGCAGCAAAGCAAUCUGCCGGCGAAGCAAUUGACAUUAGUAGCGAUGAUGACAGUGCGGAUGAUAAUUGUACCAAUGGUAAAUCAUCGGAUGGUAAUGUGAAUGCGUCAAGCACAGCAAAAUCAUUCUCCGGUGUUAUUCUUACAAAAAGCAAUGCGCCAGUGGAAUCAUCUUCUAAGGGGUCAUCUACAUCAGCCACUACGGAAACUACCGGUGUGUUGUCUGUAACAUCUGGUGCCCAGAAGCGUCAUGAAUUUCCCGAGUCCACUGAUCCACAACAGCAACCAAACAAAAAGCGUAAGUUGGAGUUGAAUGGAGGAAUAUCUCCACAAUAUUCAAACGCCAAUUUGAAUAUACGCUUAAUAUCAUUAGAAAAGAACGAUAGGACUGCUCUGCCAUACGAACGGAGUCAAAAUGAUCAUCAACCGCAGGGCAUGCGUCAGCAUUUACAGCAGCAGCAGCAGCAGCAGCAACAGAACCAGCGUUUCAGUCGCUUGACAAAUUGUGCUCAAGCCAGCGAUCCUGCUUCAGGCCCCUUUCCAACGUUGGGUUCAAAUCAGUUGAAUCAAUUACGUCAACGCAAAUUCAAGAAAGAGGUUGUAUUACGAAAGUCACGUGAAACUUUUCAAGAUAUUGGUGGCAUGGAGAAAACUUUGAAAGAGCUUUGUGAAUUAUUAAUGCAUAUUAAAUCGCCGGACAUUUAUUUCGUUUUGGGCCUGAUGCCGCCACGUGGUUUGCUAUUACAUGGGCCGCCAGGGUGUGGUAAAACUUUACUUGCACAUGCAAUUUCUGGGCAACUCAAUUUGCCGCUUAUAGAAGUCGCAGCUACAGAACUGAUUGCUGGCGUAUCGGGGGAGUCGGAAGAACGUAUACGAGAUGUUUUUGAGCAAGCAACUAUUUAUGCCCCUAGCGUUUUGUUUAUCGACGAAAUUGACGCUAUUUCAUCGAAUCGCUCUAUGGCACAAAAAGAUAUGGAAAGAAGAAUUGUAUCACAAUUGAUUAGCAGCUUAGAUAAUUUAAAGAUGACAGAAGACGGGCAAAGUGUAUUGGUAAUAGGGGCGACUACACGACCUGAUGUGCUUGAUCCAGCAUUACGUCGAGUUGGACGGUUCGAUCAUGAGGUUGCUAUAGGCAUUCCAUCGCGUAAGGAUCGCAAAGAUAUAUUGACAAUAAUUUGUUAUGGACUCUCGGUGGAUCCAAAGUGUGACUUUGAUAAAAUAGCAGAGCUAACACCAGGUUAUGUUGGCGCUGAUCUCUUGGCACUUGUUUCACGUGCUGCAACUAUAGCUGUGAAGAAAAAAUGUGCUGAGUGUAUUCGCGCAUUCCAGUUAGAAUCGCAACGCAACAUUACCAUCGUCGAUUUGGACGAUGAGGCCGACGAAAGCGCAGACGUCAGCAGCAAACAAGCAGAUCAAAGCAAAUCUGGCAAAGAUGAAGUCUCAAAUGAAACCAAUUCCAAAUCAAAAGAAGAAACAGUAAAUGAAGAGCAAUCAAAGGACAAGAACAGCGAUGCAAAAGAGGCAGAUGCUGACGCUGAGAAAAAAACGGAAAGUAAUACCAAUGGAUCGGCAAAGGAAACGUCAUCAAAUCCAGAUAAAAAAGACACAGAAGCAAUGGAUGUUGAUGAUGAAGACCAAGAGUCCACUAAAGGCGAAGAAAAUACAAACAAUACCACAAAAGUACAAGUGGCUGACAGUAGCGAAAAACCCACUGAAGAGGUUUCUACCAACGAGCAGAGUAAAUCAAAUGAAUCCACAAAUUCGACAUCGAAGUUAGAAACUAUAGCCGACACACAGAAUUCUUCAGAACCAUCACUUUUAGAACUCUUAAAUUGGCUGGAUAAUCCACCUUCGGAUUUGUCAUACGCUACCGAAUUCUGCAUAACAGUGGAUGAUUUCUUAGAAGCAGUGAAAGUUGUACAACCGUCAUCGAAACGUGAAGGCUUUAUAACAGUGCCUGAUGUAACGUGGGCCGAUGUCGGUUCAUUACAUGAUAUACGUGAAGAGUUGCAAUUGGCAGUGCUGGCACCAGUCAAAUUUCCCGAGAAGUUAAUUACAUUAGGUUUGACGGCGCCUUCCGGUGUGUUGCUGUGUGGCCCGCCAGGUUGUGGUAAAACUUUACUUGCCAAAGCUAUAGCCAACGAGGCAGGCAUCAAUUUUAUAUCAGUUAAGGGACCGGAGUUAAUGAAUAUGUAUGUGGGUGAAAGCGAGCGUGCAGUGCGCGCGUGUUUCCAACGGGCACGUAACUCGGCGCCAUGUGUAAUUUUCUUUGAUGAGUUUGAUUCUUUGUGUCCGAAGCGAUCGGAUAAUAAUGAAGGUGGUUCGGGAACGCGUGUUGUCAAUCAAUUACUUACAGAAAUGGAUGGUGUUGAAGAACGUAAAGGAGUCUACAUUUUGGCAGCAAGUAAUCGGCCAGACAUAAUAGAUCCAGCUAUACUACGUCCCGGACGUUUGGAUACUAUACUCUAUGUAGGGCUGCCGCAGAAAGAAGAGCGCGAGGAAAUACUAAAAGCUACAACAAAGAAUCGUACACGACCUGAAUUAGCUGAUGAUGUAGACUUUGCUGAACUAGCCGAAAACUCUGAUGGUUAUACCGGUGCUGAUUUGGCUGGCCUAGUGCGGCAAGCAGCAAUGUUGGCCCUGAAAGAGUCUAUACAAAAUCCGGAUUCUACAGAUUUACGUGUACGAAAGGAACAUUUUGAUCAAGCGCUGAAACUAUUGCGACCUUCAGUUACUCCACAGGAUCGCAAAAAUUACGAAAAAUUGCGUUUAAAGUACGCUGCACCGAGAAUCCCCACAACUGCGACAGAUAAUGCAGAAUAAAUAUUUUAGAAAUGAAUAUAAAAAAAAAAAGUUCGCGAUAGUUUACGAUUAAAAAAGGAUAAUUGUUGUAGCUCAUCGCAUCAGCAACUACAAAAUAUGCGUUUUUAAUACAUAAAAAUACAUUACUCAAUCCGAUUGGCGUUACUAUCCUUGUUCCGGCAUCUCAUCCAUGUACAAGUUCUAGCUUAGUUUUCAGCAAGUGUUUAGAGUAUGACUUGAAUUUAAUUUUCCGUUAACAAUUCACGCUGUGAAUUAAAUUUCGUUAUAUGUAUUUUGUAAAUCAUAAAAACAUUCACUUAUGGAUUAUAAAUAAAGCGAAAUGUGCAUGUCUAAAGGUAUGCAACAGAUGAAUUGUGCGCAAGAAGAAUUUAUUUAAUCUUCGAAAAUAUUGCAAA